CGGACGCAGGAUGCGCUCCCGGGGCGCGGUCCCGUGCGGGGCGCUGAGCCUGGCGCUGGGCGCGCUGCUGGGCGCAGUGACGGAGGCCGGCGGGACUGUGACCGGUCUGCAGAGCUUCUCCUCGCCGCCCCCCUACCUGCCUGUCACCUUCCGUGUGCUCCGAGCGGAGACGUCCUUCUUCCUCCGGGAGAGCCGCACUGACGCCCCACGCAAUGCCAGCCUGCAGGCCCGGGUCCAGUCCUUCUUCCCCUUCCGCGCCCGGCGGCCUCCCGUGCUCAGCGCCAGCUACGGGCCCUUCUCAGUGGAGCAGACGGUGCCCCUGGACCUCCUGGCCCCCUCGAGCUUCCCGGGCCCCUGGGCUUCGCCAUCUCUGGGCUGGCAGCUCCGGGCUCACGUCCUGCAGACUCACAUCUACCGGAGCCGGCCUCGCGUGCAGGUGCUGUUCCACGCACUGGGCCGGGACUGGGCCCGAAGCCGGACCCCCGGCACCGAGCUGCCCUGCCUGCAAGUCUUUGCCUUCCAAGAGACCCGGGCAGUCCAGGCCAGCUGCCAGUUGGCAGGCAAGCUGGGGCUGUGCGUGGCCCAGCUGGAGCUGCCGGACGCCUGGUUCAGUCCCCCGACGGCACCUGCGGGCAGGAAGAAGCCAGUGCUGGCCACACCACCUGAGGGCAGCUCAGUGGAGCUCUACUACAGCCUUCAGGCCAGUGAGCCACAAAGAGGCUGCCAGGGUGAGGAGGUCAACGUGGGGCAGCUGGACGGAGCCACGACCCAUCUGCAGAGACUUGGCACCAUCCAGCUCUCCCUGGGCCUCGAGAGCAUCAGGUUCAGAGAGCUGGACCUGGACGAGAACGUGGCCAUCUGGCUGCCGGCCAGGCCUGCCCGUCGGGGAGAUGUGGUCACCGCCUCCAUCACCAUCUCCAGCAAUGCCACUGUGGACCUCUUCGUCCUAAGAGUGAAGGUGAAGAAGGGGGUGACAAUCCUGGGCACACGGGCUAGCGAGCCCCAGCAGUGGGACAUCAGGCAGGAGUUGGGGGACAGCGGCACACACAGCAGCAUCUCCGUGGUGUGCCAACGCCUGGCGCCUGGGGACCCAAACAGGAGCAGUGGGCAGCCCAGUGUGGUGGGCUCAGUUGGACCUGAGAUCUCGGGUGCCAGCCCAGCCGGGAGCCAGCCAGUGCGAUGGCAGGUGGAGUACCCUCACGCCGGGGGCACCCAGCUCGCCGUGGCCGACAUCAUCGUCAGCCACAAGGACCUGGAGGCCAUCGUGCCCCUCCCGCAGGAUUCAGAGCUGCUGAACACAGCCGUGCUUACGGGCAGGGCAGUGGUCUUGCCGGUCCGGACGGUGGCGGUGGAGGCAGACGGGGCCGUGACAGACAUCUCAGGAUCUGUGCAGUGUGUGUCUGCUGACCAGGAUGUCCUCAAAGUGUCCGAGCGCUGUGACCAUGUGCUUGUCAACGGCAAAGAGACCAGGGGCCAGGUGGACGCGGCCGUGAACUUCUCUUUCCAGCAUCUCAGUGGGGUCCUGCGGGUGACCGUGUGGGCGCCCUUGCUGCCUCUACAGGUCUGGGUGUCAGACACGGAGCUGAGCCAGAUCAAAGGCUGGCGGGUCCCCAUCGGCACCAGUAAGAGGGCCACGCGGGAGAGUGAGGACGAGGAGGAGGAAGAAGAGAGGCGAGGCCGGGGCUGUGCCCUGCAGUUCCAGCGCGCCACAGUGCGGGUGCUUGCCCAGUUCGCGGCCCAGGCAUCUGGGCCCUGGGAGCCGCCCCACCUGCUGCUGGGGCCCGACUGGCAGCUGGACAUCACCCAGCUGGUGGCCACCUUCACCAAGCUCGAGCAGCCCCACGUGGCCACGCUGCAGGAUGAUGGCGUCCUGGUGGGCCGGGAAGUCGGCAUGGUCACCAUCCAGGUGCUGUCCCCUCUGUCCGACUCCAUCCUGGCUGAGAAGACAGUGACGGUGCUGGAUGAGAGAGUGUCGGUGACCGAGCUGACUGUCCAGCUGGUGGCGGGGCUGUCUGUCAGCCUGCGCCCGGGCGCCCAGCACAGCAAGGCCGUCACAGCCACGGUCAUGGCCCAGGAGCUGCUGCGGACCCCCAAGCAGGAAGCCGUGCUCAGCAUCUGGCUGCAGUUCAGCGACGGCUCCACGGCACCCCUGGACCUCUACGACCCGCAGGACUUCGCACUCACGGCCACCUCCCUGGACGCGGCCGUGGUGUCGGUGGUGCAGACCCCGUGGCCCCGGUGGCCGGCCGUGCGGGCCGAGGGGGAGGGCCAUGGCCCGCUGGUGCGCGUGGACCUGAGCAUCGCCGAGGCCUGUCAGAAGAGCAAGCGCAGGAGCGUGCUGGCCGCCGGCCUCGCCCAUGUCAGGGUGGAGUUCGGCGGCGGCCGUGAGGACGAGGGGCCGGGGGAGGCGAGAAGCCAGGCGGGUGGCCGGUGGCAGGAGGAACCCAUGGGUGGCAGUGCCUCCACGGAGCUAGAGGAAGAAAGAAGGAAGGAAGAGGAGAAAGAAGCAGCAGCCCAGGACUUGGCUCCCACCACUGCCCCCACAAACACCAGGGUGGCAGAGACUGGCCGGCUGGACAUGGCCCCUGCUGAGGGCACGCGGCUGGAUUUGACCCGCUUCCCAGGGCCCGUGGGGGCACCUCGGGCAGAUGCUGGACAGCGCGGGCUGAGCGACCUGGAGGUGGGCAUGUACGCGCUGCUGGGCGUCUUCGGCCUGGCCAUCCUGGUCUUCCUGGCCAACUGCGCCACCUUCGCCCUCAAGUACCGGCACAAGCAGUUUCCCCUGGAGGGCCAGGCCACUGCCGUCAGCCACUCGCACGACUGGGUGUGGCUGGGCCACGAGCCCGAGCACCUCGGCGCCCCACCACUGCCCUCUGGCCAGCACACGACCGUCAUCGACGGGGACCCGGGGGGCAGCACGGGUGGCGACCGGCCGCCACGGUGCAGUGAGGCUUCCCAGAAGGGGGCAUGCAGGCAGACCCGGGGGGCUGAACCGGGACCUCCCCACUCACCCACAUCCACAUCCACACUCAAAAAGGUGAAGUUCACCGCCAUCCCCCCCAGCGGCUCCAUCCUCCGGGGCCGUGCCGAGAACUUCACGUGGGGGCACUCCAAUGUGGGCCUGGACUCGGCUGUCCCCAACGAGCUCAGACUCUACCUGGAGGAAUUCAGAGAAAAGGUCUAGGUGCUCCCCUUGGUGCAAGUGGGAAGGGGCGGCAGCAGCAGGGACAGCACCCCCAGGGUCUCCGGAUUCCACCCCUGGCACCCGGCAGCCUGGAAAGACUGGGAAACUCCACAGAGCACCUCUCUGGGCCAAGUCGCCCAGGGAAGAGGCUUCUCCUGAGGGCGGAACAGGACCCAUGGUGUCCGGCAGCCCGGAUUGUGCCUGGGACAUUCCAUGACCACGGGGGGCCUCAUGACUCUCAGUAGAACAGAGAAGCUACCAAAAUUCCUUUGUUUAAAAAAAUGCAAAAGACAAAUAAAAAGGGACAGACGC